CGAUGUUGCGAUUUAGGUGUUAGGUUCAUUGAUUUAUCUUUAUUUUUACCCACUUAACUUGGUGACCAACAUAUUGUUUUAGCGGUAUGAAAUCCAUGGACUUGACAUCGUAUGUAAUUAGUGUAUUCACGUGGUGUAUAUAUCAAUCGGCCGUGGAUUCUCAGACAAUAUACAGAAUGGGCACAGACUGUGGUGUAACGAGCACAAUCAACGAGAAUAGUAACACACAGAUAGAAUUUGAUGGCCGGUAUGAUGGGAGAAAAAUCUUAUCCAGAGAUCUCAAAUAUCAACAAUGUGACAGGAUAAUAUUCCAGACAAAGAAUUAUGAUGAUCCAGAUGCCAAAUACCAAAUAUGUAUAUCACCAAUUUAUUUCAAUGACAGAGAAUGUGCUGCAACUUUAGAUUACAAAAAUGACCUAUUUGCCUCACCAUUACAGUCAUUUGAUUGCCACAAAAACCAAAAUUCCAGAUUUUGUGCUCCAACUGAUGACAGACUAUACGUUUUCUUAAAUCUUAGUAGAGAAAAAUCGAUUUCAACUACAACUUUUCUAUUCCGUGUAACAGCAGAAAGAGUUGAUGAAUCCAAGAAGACAGUGAUAUGGGCAGCAGUGGGGGGAGUGAUUGGUGGACUGGUCUUACUCAUACUUAUCUGUGUAGGAGUUGUUCUCUACAGGAGGUCAAAGAGGAGGAGGAGGCAAGCAUCAAGUGGGACCCAAUACGAAAUCGCAGCUCUUUGAGAAAAUAAGGGUACUUAGGUGAUACUCAGGUGACAAUAAAAAAUCAUGGACAUUUUGUGGAAGAGGAUGGUUGUAUGUGUCAAAUGCCAAUGAAUUUGUGGUCACAGUUUUAAGUCAUAUUAUUGUAAAGUAAUAUCAGUACUUGUGAAUUGAAUAAUCAGUUUUUAAGCUUUUUGCAUUUUGUUA